UCCAUCUGCGCAUGCGGUAGAAAUGCUAACGAGUCUCCGUGGCUGUAUAUUGUAAAACAUACCCGAAGCUCCUCAGUCACCCUAAUCUGACUUUGAGGCUGUGAACCGCCAGCAUCGUGUUUAAAAUAAUACUAGACUCCAGACUCGUUAAAAGAAGCUCCUGUUUUUAGCCCGUUUGAUGGAGUUCAUAUAGCUGCUCACACAAGCUAACAGCUGCCGCCAGCAGUCCAUCGGAGAAUGAUCAAGUUCGUGCUAAUGGUGAACCGCCAGGGUCAGACCAGGCUAUCCAGGUAUUACCACCCUGUGGAGCUGAGCCGCAGAGCGGCGCUUGAAGCCGAUGUAGUCCGCUGCUGCCUGAGCCGCAAGAAAGAUCAGUGUUCCUUUGUGGAGUACAAAGAUUUUAAACUGGUUUAUCGUCAGUAUGCUGCGCUGUAUAUCGUGGUGGGCAUCACAGACAGUGAGAAUGAGCUGUCCAUCUAUGAGUUGGUCCAUAACUUUGUGGAGGUCUUGGAUAAAUACUUCAGCCGGGUGAGUGAACUGGACAUAAUGUUCAACCUGGAUCGAGUUCAUGUCAUCCUGGAUGAGAUGAUCCAGAACGGACACAUUGUGGAAACAAACAAGAGUCGCAUCCUCGCUCCCCUCACCGCCAUCGACAAGAUGACCGACAGCUGACACACGCUGGAGAGGAAGUUACUGUUCUGCUUGCUCGAGGAUGGGCCUGGAUUUGAUGAACUAAAUUGUGAUGUCCUGCAGCUUACAGUCUGAGUUUAAAGCCUGUUUAAAGGUACUGAUGUUACAAAAAAAAAAAAAAAUACUC